AAAACAUUCGACAAUCUCUAUCCAAUUAAAUACAACGAUUGAGCCACCGAACUCAACAAUGGCGUCCCGCGACAAGAAUCCGGCAAAACCAUCGACGAGUCGUCCCCGCGGCAUUCGAACUCUCUCCGAUUUGAACCGCCCCUCCGCUCACGAUUCUGACAGCGACUCGGAUGCCCCUCAGGAGUACUAUACCGGCGGCGAAAAGAGUGGUAUGCUUGUCCAAGAUCCUAAUAAGGUUAAUGAUGUGGAUGAAAUAUUUAAGCAAGCAAGGCAGUUAGGUGGUGUAGAGGGACCUGUAGAAAAUCUUCAUCCUUCUUCAAGCUCAAGAAGUUUUACAGGCACUGGUAGAUUACUCUCGGGAGAAGCAGUACCAGCCGCUCCUCAGCAGCCGCAGAAUCUUGUUCACAAUAUUGUUUUUUGGAGAAAUGGUUUCACUGUAAAUGAUGGACCAUUGAGGAGGUUGGAUGAUCCUGAAAAUGCACCCUUCCUCGAGAGCAUCAGGAAGUCUGAGUGUCCAAAAGAGUUGGAGCCUGCUAACAGAAGGUCCUCUGUUCAUGUCAAUCUAAUAAGGAGGGAUGAGAAUUUCCUGGAACCGGUAGCAAGCCAAGUUGCAUUUCAAGGUGUAGGAAGAACAUUAGGUAGGAGCACGGAUGAACCAGCACCCGUGCCAAAUACCACAAACGCCCCUGUGCCUUCUAGGGGUCUAAUUUUAGACACUACUUUGCCAUCAACCUCUAUUCAGCUCAGGUUAGCCGAUGGGACCCGAAUGAUUGCCCACUUCAACCAUCAUCAUACUGUAGCUGACAUCCGAGCCUUCAUUAAUGCAUCUAGGCCUGAUGGGUCAAGUGAUUAUCAGCUGCAAACAGUUGGGUUCCCACCGAAGCAACUCAUUGAUUUGAGCCAGACUAUUGAGCAGGCUGGCCUUGCCAACUCGGUUGUCAUCCAGAAAAUCUAAGUAAUGCUUUCUAAGGUGUUGUUCGGUUGUGGCUUAAUGGGUUAAAUAGGCUGAAUGGUUGAGGGGUAAAAUAGCCAUAUUCAUCGUUCAAGCUGUUUAUUCCGUGUAACCACAGAAUAACAAUUUGGUCUAAUCCAUACAGGACUUAAUUGAAAAACAACCGAACAACACCUAAUUCUCUGAUUAUAUUAUCAUAUUUAGCCGCGCUAUUUGUGUCUUAAAACCAAAGAAUUUGAUCUCUUGUUUAGUAAUUUUGAUUGGUACCCAAUAUCUGAUCUUCAACUCUUUACAA